CUGCGUUUCAGUGCCAGCUGGAAGGGUGCUACGACGGACGGGACCCGACACUAUGGACCCAACGGCGUGACAGCUGAGUCGAUGGCGUUGCUUAAGUUGGAUAAUGUUUUGCCUUGAAGCGUGAUAGUAUUAACGUGAUAUGCAUUUAACGGCAAUGAGUGCGGUAUUACUUGUUAGAUAGGAAAACGAGAGAGAAAGAGGAGAGAGAGAGCGAGAGAGAGCGAGAGGGGCCAAAGUGGACUCCCUCCGUCGGUUGUGCCGUUCCGCCCGAUGGAGGCUGACGGGACCUUUGCAGAGAACUGGAGGCCCGGAAUGUCACCUGUGAAACGUCCACACCUGGCUGUACAACGUCAUUAAAGCAGGACACUUGGCUUUUGACGACUUAUUGGACAACUUCUCAGCUCGAAUUCAUUAACAAAAAGUUCGCAGGUCGACGUUAAGCUGCGAGAGGCAACCCCUCGAGCAAGAUGACCAUGAUAGAUAUCACUUAAAGAGGGGUUACUCACCGCCUCAGGUAAAGAUAUUACAGGUGAACAACACGCUGCAGCCUGUUUAUUGGACAUCAGGUUUGUUCAAUAAAGUUGGCAUAUCUCGCCACCUGUACUAAGUUGACUCACUGUCCCCUCGUUUUGCUCCGAGAACGGAUCGGUCGUGUCUCUCGAACAAUUAAGGACUUCUUUCUGGACAUUUCAUCAAGUUUUCCACAUCAACCAUGUCAUUCAAAGAGAACCCCUGUCGGAAAUUUCAAGCCAACAUUUUCAACAAAAGUAAAUGUCAGAACUGCUUUAAGCCCCGGGAAUCACAUUUGCUCAACGACGAAGACUUAAAUCAGGCAAAACCUAUAUACGGAGGAUGGUUGCUGCUUGCACCCGAGGGAACAAAUUUUGACAAUCCUUUACACAGAUCCCGGAAAUGGCAGAGGAGGUUCUUCAUUCUUUACGAACAUGGCUUACUUCGCUAUGCUCUGGACGAAAUGCCCAGCACUCUGCCCCAGGGUACAAUCAAUAUGAAUCAGUGCUCCGAUGUCAUCGAUGGAGAGUCCAGGACUGGUCAGAAGAACUCGCUGUGUAUCCUGACCCCUGACAAAGAGCACUUCAUCCGGGCUGAGUGUAAAGAAAUCAUAAACGGAUGGCAGGAGGCUCUGACGGUGUAUCCCAGAACCAACAAGCAGAACCAGAAGAAAAAACGCAAGGUUGAUCCACCCACUCAACAGGGUGGAGUCACUCCAAGCCAGUGUUUUUCCACUGAAGACAUGAUUGGACACCCAGAGCCUGGCCCCGCCAAGGUGACAGUGACCAGCAGCAGCAGCGGAGGCAGCAUCCCGUGCCUGCCCAGCAGCAUCGCCAGUGCUGAGCGUGUCCCGAUGAGCCGCGCCACUCUGUGGCAGGAGGAGAGCCGCUGGAGCAGGGCCACCAUCCCCUGCAGCCGCAGUGCCUCCUGUCUCAGCCAGCUGAGCCAGAGCCAACCAGACUCCAGUAUCACUACUCAAGAUGAUGGUGGCACCAUGAGCACUGGACGCAAGGUACGAGUGGAGAGCGGUUACUUUUCCCUGGAGAAGACCAAGUCGGAGCCCUCUCCACAGCCUGCACAGCAUUCCCAGCCGCCUCAGCAUCUACCCCUGUCCUCUUCAUUAUCUUCCUCCUCAUUAGGAGCUCCCAGUCCCAGGUACAACUCUGAGUCAGAACCCCAAACUUCCCCUUAUCAAUCCUCCCAAGAUCCUCUCCCCUCUCCAGGUGCCCUAAUUUCCCCCAGCUACUCCACCAUCAGCUCCUCCCAGAGCUCGCUGGACUCUGAACCCAGCAGUAGUACACCAGCCUGGGAGGGCCGCGGCGGUGGUGGAGGUAGUACCAGUAGUGUCAGUGGAGGAGGAGGCAGACCGGGCCGGUCUGGCAGGGAAUACGCAGCGCUGUCUGACGUGCCACGGGCUCGCAAGCUGAGCUACCGCGAAGCUUUCCGUUCAGACAAAAAGCAUCAAGAGCUGAGGGCACGCACACGCAGUCCUGGCAGAGAGGAGGUGGCUCGGCUGUUUGGGGAGGAGCGCAGGCGUUCUCAAGUCAUCGGCCGAUUUGAGGAGGGUCAACCUGUGGAGCGUAUGGACACCAGCAGCUCCAAUGAGCUGACCUCCAACAUCACGCUAAUCCAGAGACAAGGCCGCAGCGAGAGACGCUAUCUUUCUAACAAACAUGAGUUGUCACUGGAUGCAGGAAAGGACCGUUCAGUCCCUGAUGUGUCCAGCUCCAAUUUUGCCAAUUUAAGAAGAGCUAAGUCACUGGACCGCAGAGUCACUGAGUCCUCAAUGACUCCAGAUCUGCUGAACUUCAAAAAAGGAUGGAUGACCAAGCUGUAUCAAGAUGCAGUGUGGAAGAAACACUGGUUUGUCCUCACAGAUCAAAGUCUAAAGUACUACAAGGAUUCAAUAGCUGAAGAGGCUUCAGAACUGGAUGGUGAGAUUGACCUUUCCACAUGUUAUGAUGUCAAAGAGUUCCCAGUCCAGAGGAAUUAUGGCUUUCAAAUCCUGUAUAAAGAUGGAGCAUGCACCCUGUCAGCCAUGACCUCUGGAAUCCGUCGUAACUGGAUUCAGGCCAUCAUGAAGAAUGUGCGACCCAUCAUUGCCCCUGAUGUCACCCGAUCCCUCCCAGAGGAGAAGAUAAAAGCUCAAGUCACGCUAGAGCCGUGUCUACAGGCCACCCCUGAGUCAAGCCCCAGUCCUGAAUCACCCAAGAUUGAUGUCAACAGACAGCCAGCUGGCAACAAUGCUUCCACCCCUCCCUCUGAGCAACGAAAAAGCAGAGUUCGCGAGCGUAGACGAGAGGGCCGCUCAAAGACCUUUGACUGGACUGAGUUCAAAAUGGAACAGACAGAAAAGCCUGUGAAAGAACGGGCAGACACAGUUGACCUCAGCUCAUCGUUCUCCACAACCUCCUCCUACUGCUCACCCUCCUCUUCCCCUUCCUCAUUAGCGUCCUCUCCUGUCUCUACCUCCUCCCUCCAAACAUCCUCUUUAUCAAGUGCUCACCCACCUUCUAUGACAGAAGAAACAGAAAAGGAGAAUAUAAGGAGAGUUAUCCUUCCACACAGCCCAACCAGUGCAACCCACAUGCCAAAUACGGUUACUGUUACCUUGACGUCCACAUUAAACACUACAUCACCAGUACAGCCAUCAAUACCUAAAUGCCAAGAGCAGGGAAAGAUGGAGGUAGACCACCCUGAAGCUGUGCAUACUGCUAGUAAAGACAAGAAGGACAAGAGAACCCCAGCUGUCCAGGAAGAGAUUGAGCAGCGAUGGCAUCAGGUGGAGACAACACCGUUAAGAGAGGAGAAGCAAGUGCCCAUCACCACAGCUGUAGGAAACUCUGGUAACUCUGACCGAUUGCCUGCACAUGAGCUUGCAGCGCUACUAGACAAAGAGUUGGGACAAAAGCAGAAGGAGCUGGACCGACUUCAGAAACAGAACAACUGUUUAAAAGAGCAGCUAGAAGAUGCUCUCGGGAGAGAACAAAGUGCCAGAGAGGGCUAUGUAUUGCAGGCCACGUGUGAACGUGGCUUUACAGCAAUGGAAGAAACACACCAGAAGCUGAUUGAAGACCUCCAGAGGCAGCAUCAGAGGGAGAUUUCCAAACUUAUGGAAGAGCGAGAGAGGCUAUUGGCUGAGGAGACUGCUGCUACAAUUGCUGCUAUUGAAGCGAUGAAGAAUGCACACAAGGAGGAGCUGGAGAAGACCCAGCGCUCCCAGCUGAGUGGACUGAACUCUGAUAUUGAUGAACUUCGAUUACAAUAUGAGGAGGAGCUUCAGUCCAUCCACAGGGAACUGGAGGUGUUGUCAGAGCAGUACUCUCAGAAAUGUCUGGAGAACGCUCACCUGGCCCAGGCACUGGAGGCAGAGAGGCAGGCCCUCAGACAGUGUCAGAGAGAGAAUCAGGAGCUGAACGCUCACAACCAGGAAUUAAAUAACAGGCUGACUACAGAGAUCACUCGGAUGCGCUCUUGUUUCAGUGGUGAAACUGCAUUGUCACCACUUACCCACGGCAAAGAUGUUUAUGAACUGGAGGUGCUGCUUCGAAUUAAGGAGUCGGAGAUCCAGUAUCUUAAACAGGAAAUCCACUCUUUGAAAGACGAACUGCAAUCUGCUUUGAGGGACAAGAAAUAUGCCACAGACAAAUACAAAGAUAUCUAUACAGAGCUCAGCAUUGUGAAAGCAAAGGCUGACUGCGACAUCAGCAAACUGAAGGAGAAGCUGCUUAUCGCCACAGAAGCAUUAGGCGAGAGGUCUGUUGAUGGAACAGUUACAUCUGGAUACGACAUCAUGAAAUCAAAAAGUAAUCCAGAUUUCCUGAAAAAAGAACAAUCCAGGCUAUCAAGAGGACUAAGGUCAAAGUCUGUCAUUGAACAGGUCUCAUGGGAUAGCUGACACUCCCAAUGUGGGGUGACUCUCCCCCCCCCCAAACCCCACCCCAAGAUGUGCUGUAGGUAUAGCAUUUUGUAGAGCAAAGCAUGCUCGUCCUUGCAUGAUGUCCCCUCCCCUCUCCUCACAACCUUUCCUUUUGCCCCAACCUGCACCUCUAAGAGCUCUGUUAAAUAUUUCAGGUGGUUGUUAGCAUUAACAGUUCUUAGGAGAUGGUUUGCAAACAGUAGCUUAGAAUUACUACAUCUUGCAAAAACCCUACUCAUUACAUGCCUCACCCAAACUGUAAGCUGAAAAAUGUUGGCAGCAUCUAAUGAAACUGUUCUCUCAAAAUAGACCUAGUUGAGCAGUGGGCCCAUUCAUAUUUACUGUCACACACACUUUGCUCCAGAUUUAGCAUGCACACUACUUUCUGCUAAUAAUCCCACAAUGCAAUGUUCCACAUUUUAAAGAUGCGAAAACUAUUGUGGUGCAACUUGACAGCUGAUGGUGAUGACACAAAAUGACGAUGGUUAGGUAGUGUCCAAAAACUAACGGUAAACUAUUUAGUGUUUACCAUAAAGGCAUUAGUGAAUGAGUGAAUAAGGUAGGGAUUUUGGACACAGCCUCAGAAUCCUGAGUUGAAGUCAGAACUCAAAUGCAUUUUUCACGUGUCCCUAAUGCUCUUCAGUAGUAAACCAGCCUGGAUUGCAGGAUAAACUUAGCUCUGAGUACUGCUUCAAAGCAUUAUAAGAAGAAGUGUGCAUCAUGUUGGCACUUUUCAUAUGUAGGUAAUACCUGGCAGCAUGUGAACACACUUCAGUGCUCAGAACAACAAGUGUUGGUAUUUGGGCAGACCCUGGCCACCAGCUGACAGGCACAUCUUAGCCUAUAUCUUGUUUGGGUCUGCAGUAGGAGUUUAAAUAUCAAUGUUGAACUCAGAUGGUGACAUAAAAGAAUGAGAGCUAACUUUUCUUAUGCAACUCAUAUAUUCAAUCUCAUGUGUUCCUACAUCGUUUUGUUCUGUCAGUGUAAAAAACCUAUUCUAUAAUUGUUGUCUUUUUCUGUUUGUGAGUCUUCACAUGUUUAUUUGUUGUUUGAUCAUUCAUUAUUGUUCACACUCAGCAGUCAUGCUGGUGUGGCCAAGUUGCAUGAUAUUCCAGCCUAACCACUUCUUCCUGUACGUCUUAUAAUUUGACCUGAAUUAAAGUACUGUAUGUUGUCAAGAGCAGGAAUAUGUCUGUGAUGGACAGCUGCUUAGUGUAAAACCAUAACAGAUCAAUACUGUCAAGUUUGUGGUGGGUUGUUUGUGUUUUUUGUUGAUGUUUUUAAAGCUCCUCUCUACCCACAUGUUGCCCGUAUCAUCUGUUUUCUUUCCUUUAACAGAGCCUGAAAGAGGGACUAACUGUGCAGGAGUGCAUGAAGCUUUUUGAGGCGAAAGAUUCCAAAAAGAUUUAAAUCUCAAGAAUCUUAUGUUUCUUUUGUUAUUCCUGGCCUUGGUUUUUGACCUGAUUGCCAUGGCUGUGCCAGCAGCAGCUGAUGACUCUCUUAGGAAAUGGGGGAAAAAAAGGUCAAUUCUAAAACUGGACCUGCUGCUUUCAUGCCUCUGAUAAGUUGUCAUAUUUUUAUUUGAUAUUCUUUUUAUUUCAUGGAAAAAAAGUUUUACUGAAUGAAUCUUGUCUAAGUUUCUUUAAAAACACAGGUAUAUAAUCUGUCUAAGGUGGAGAUGUGUCAAAUAAGCUGUGAGAGGGAUACAUGGCAGCAUUUUGUUUUUUAUUGAUCCUCCAAAACGCCAAAACAGACAGCAAUACACAGUAUGAAUAAUAUAUAUUUCCCAAUAUGGAUUAAGUAUCUGCUGUAUUUUAUUAUUGUUACAAUUUCUAUAUCUAAUAGUUUUUAAUGUGUUUAAUGGUGCACCUGUUCUGUUGUACAUAACUACUGGAUAUAUGUAAGAGUAUGGUUUGCUAUUGAUUGUGUGGGGCAUCUGCUGUACUAUAACUAGGGUUUGAUUGAUAGUGGAAAACAAUGUGAUGCUUAACUUGCUUAUGUAUGAGAGUUUUAUAAAGUGGAGUGUCUGUGUGUGAAGGGGGAAAAGCAGGGUGGGAUUGCACUUAUCACUUGACUACUUGAGGAAGCUUCUUUUUUUUUUUUUGUCUCAAAUUGGUGUAGUGACUUCAAGUCAAUUAUUGCAGUGCAACCAAACAUCAUGACUUCUGUCAAACUUAGUGAACAGCCGUGACUUGUUAGUGAUUACUGGAUUAUUAUUUUUAAGUUUCUUAAAACCUGGAUUUGUGUUUGCUCAGUUUUGACUUGAUGUGUGAGAGUAUCAUCUCAAAAAAACUAUUUAGGACUUUGCAUGACUGUACAGUAUAAUUUGAAUUGCAGAAUGAUCAUGUUGCCUCAUUUUCCUACUUUAUGCUUAGUGUGAAACUCUUAACACUAAUAAGCUUUGCUUUGCAAGUCCUACUGUUUAGGUGUUGAGAUUGAAAUGUUUUACUGUAAGCGGCAGUCUUGAAGCACUUGGCCCAAUCCCUCGACCUCUCACUGAAAUCUAGUCGUGCCUCAACUGAGUGAAGAAUAUAAACAUCCAUGAAACCUGUGCAGCUAUGGAAACACACUGUAUAGUAUUCAAACCACGCCUUGUAUAUACGUAUGCCACACGGAAGACUUCUGUGUUUUUGUUUUAAACUUGUACCUUGCUCACUAGCUCUAUAUAAAAUAUAUAUGAAUAUUUUUUAUUUUCAUUUGAAUGUAUAACGUCAAAUAAAUGAAGUGUUUGGAAA